AUGUGUGUCCCCUGCAGGUCCCAUCUGUGCAUCUGGUGCCCGGGACAGCAACAGCACCGAUCCUGCCGCUCUCCGCCAGACCAGACCGAAGCAAGCAUGGGAAUUGCCCUUUUCUUCCUAGGCCAGGUCUUACUUUGGGGGGUGCCCUCCUGGGCGAGUGAGGAGGCAGAGGCCCUGUGCGCCCGGACUGCCUGCUACACCAUCCACUGGGGCGUGCACAACUGGGCGGAUGCCCAGGAGAAGUGCAAGAGCAAUGGAGGCAACCUGGUGACCAUGAAGAGCCAGGAAGAGGCCUUGCACGUCCAGGAUCUGCUAGCCAAGCUGCCCAGGAGGGAGGCCGGGCCAGAGGGGCAGGCGAGGCUUUGGAUCGGGCUCCAUCGGGAGAAGGGCAAGUGUUACCAGCGGCACCAGCUCCUCAAGGGCUUCAGCUGGGCCUCGGGAGGGGAAGAGACCGACUACACCGGCUGGCUCCGGGAGCCCCGAGAGACUUGCACCGGCCGGCGCUGCGUGAGCCUGCACUGGAACAGCACCGCCCCCGGCUCCUCGGCGCUGGGCUGGGCCGACGGGCCCUGCAGCGGCUCCUCCGCCAGGGCCCAGGGCUACCUCUGCAAGUUCAGCUUCCAGGGCAUGUGCCGCCAGCUGGCGCUGGCCGGGCCCGGCAGCGUCACCUACACCACCCCCUUCGGCCUGGACAGCGCCGCCCUGGCGGCCGUGCCCUUCGGCUCCCAGGCCGCCGUGCGGUGCCAGGGCCAGGCGCCGGGGCCCUUCCCGGUGUGCAAGGCGCAGGCGGGCGGCGGGUUCGAGUGGAGCAGCCCGGGCCCCCUGUGCGCCUCGCCCCGCCACGGCUGCGGCUACAGCAACGGGGGCUGCCAGCACCAGUGCCUGGAGCUGGCGGGCGGCUCGUUCCGCUGCGCCUGCCGGCCGGGCUACCAGCUGGGCGGCGACCUGCUCUCCUGCUCGCCCGUGGACCACUGCGGCUCCCAGCCCUGCCAGGGCGAGUGCCUGGGCCGCCCGGGGGGCUUCGAGUGCCGCUGCCCCGCGGGCUACGCGCUGGCCGGGGACGGCGUGAGCUGCGCGGACGUGGACGAGUGCCGGGGGGAGCCCUGCCAGGGGCGCUGCGUCAACACGCCGGGGGGCUUCGCCUGCACCUGCCCGCCGGGCUACGAGCCCGCGGGGCCCGGCGGCCGCCGGUGCCGGGACGUGGACGAGUGCGCCCGGGGCGCGCCCUGCGCCCAGCUCUGCGCCAACACGCCGGGCUCCUUCCUCUGCGCCUGCCGGCCGGGCUACCAGCGGGGCCGCGACGGGGCCUCCUGCCGGGACGUGGACGAGUGCCGGGGGGAGCCCUGCCAGGGGCGCUGCGUCAACCAGCCCGGCAGCUACCAGUGCCUCUGCCCGCCGGGCUGGGCGCUGGCCCCCAGCGGCGUCUCCUGCCUCUCGGGCUCCAGCCCCGCCAGCCCCGGCAGCGCGGCCCCGUCCCCGCGCCCCCCAGGAGAAGAGGAGCCGGCGGCGGGGGGUGGGCACCCGCCGGGCACCCAGCCCGCUACCGAGAGCCCAGCCCCGCGCUCUGAUCCCACCACCCGAGCCCAGCCAGGCGGAGCAGAGCCGAGCACCCUCGAGCCGGCUGCCGUCAGCAGCGCGGCGGGGGCUGGGGAACCUAUGAUGAAAGCCGACGCUGACCAGGCCACCGAUGGCCCCAAACUGCUCCUGUACUAUAUCCUGGGCAGCGUGGUGGUUAUCCUGCUGCUGAUGGCUUUUGCCCUGGGCUUGCUCAUCUAUAGGAAGAGGAAAGCCAAGGAGGAAAAGAAGAAAGCCAAGAAGAGUACCACAGACAACUACUGCUGGGUGCUUGAGCAGGCAGAGAAAAAAGCAGUAGACAAUGACUACAGCAGGAGCCAAUCUCUACAACCUCCUGUAACCUGUGUGGCUUGGACUGGACUGGAAAGGGAUCAGACGUAGCGUGUGAGUGAAAGAGAAUAACAUCAUUGGAAUGAACCAAGUAAAGAGUGAUAUUGAUUUUUUCCCCUGCAGGGAAUUCCAGAAGCUAACUGUUGUGAUUCUGUUUUGUGGU